AUGCAGUUCCGUCAGACCGUCCUAUCCCUCUUUCUCAUCUUCAACCUGGCCCAGGCCCUGCCCACCUCGGCGCCGGCUGCGGUGGCUGACAUCACCAAGCGCGCCAACGGCAAGAGCGGCGGCGGUGGUGGUAAUGGCGGCAGUGGUGGCAAUGGUGGCAAUGGUGGCAAGGGCCGCGGCGGCGUCUCCAACACCAAGGCCGAGGUCAAGGGCAUCAACCAAAACAUCGCCAUCCAGAAGGAGGAGAAGCAAGACGCCAAGAACGUCGGCAAGGCCGAGAAGGGCACCGCAGCGCAGUUCAACAGUGCCAAGAACCAGCUCCUCUCCACCAUUGAAAAGGGAGAGGGCGUCCGCGCCAACAACCAGAAGCUCGCCGAUAAGAACAACAAGCAGCUCGUCAACGGGCUGAACAAGGUCCAAGGUGCGCAAGCUACGGAGGAGAAGCUGGCCAAGAGUCUCCAGGGCGGCAACAGCAAGUCGGACAAAAGCACCCUCAAGACCCUCCAGUCCGACUUUAGCCAGGGCAUCAAAGUGAACAAGCAGAACGCGCAGUUUGCCAAGAAUGGCGGCAAGACUGGCGGCAAGGGCAAAUAG